ACGCGUAUUGUGAAUGUGUAAAGAUUGUUCGCGGUGUUUUCGUCGAGUUGUUUUCGUAAACGGGUUUUUGUUUAUAUGUGAGUACCGUGUUUUUGUUUUCGGUUUCGCAACUGAGUGUAAUUACAAGCGAUUGCAUGGUAAGCAGUGUCUGCCGUUUCUAUUUUCAAGAAUACACAGUGCAUUUUCUCUCCGUGCAAUUCAUCGUAAUUAUGUAUUGGAUUUGUAUGUAAACAUUGGCAUGAUCUCUUCGCAGUGCAUUUGAGGAGCAAUUUAUCUGAUAUCUUCUCAAGACGAUGCUAAAUAAUUACAUUUGCUUUUUCCAGUUGUUUGAUGUAUGCUUGCGGUUUUUAAGUUUUUUGCGUUAAUUGAUGUCGUCGUAGUAAUAUGUUUUUUUUUUUGUUGGAUUUAAAAAGUUUUCCUAAUGCGAAUUAAAUAGUCUCUACGACACUGAAGAGUUGUACAAAUGCAUGCAUCCCAAUCCCAAUCCCAAGAAGUGAAGAUUAAAUUUUAUGCAUGUGUGUUAAUGUAUCUUUUCAUGCCAACACUAUUGUUGAUUGAAGUGUUUGUGGUGGCUUGUGCUUUAUAUGGAGCGAUUGUUUACAAAAAAUAAAAGAUAUGUAUAUUUUCCGAAUACAAAUAACAAAUUAAUUUGUUGAUUCGUCGAUUCGUUGCUGAAAUUGAAGUUGUGACGUAAUAAAUUGAUGAUGUGAACAAAAUUUUUUGAAGUACGGAAUUUGUGUAACAACGUAAAAAAAAUUCGUUUCGAAAGUUGAAGAAUUUAUGUACAAUUGCUUGCUAUACCUAAAUACGUAUGUAAAUAGUACAUAAAUAGUAAAUAGUAAAUAAAAAUAAAUCGUCUUGUGCUGUGCUGUGUUGUUUACUUAGUGCGCAUUCAUAUUCGCUUUUUCAGAUAAUAAAAAAAAAUGUUAAAGUAAAAAGUGGAAAAGCAAAACGAAUUCAUUCUUCACAAUAUCCAUCCAGUGCUAUUAUUAGAUCCGCAGUUCAACCAGUCUGUCAUUACGCUUCAUGGUCUGUACGCUUGAAGUUGUGGAUCUUCAAAGAAGUCUGCCUACAUACGAACACUUCGGAUAGAGGAUAUAUUUAUAAAUGCGUGUGUGUCGAUCUUUCGAUACUUCUCCACAACAAGUUACAUAUUCUCCUCACAAUUCUACGAUUCGUAAUUAAGUGUUUAAGUCAGAAAAAUCUUCAAGGUAAAACAUAAUCAGAUUUACUCGUGAAGAUGACAACAGCAUGUCACAAAUCCGAAAAUCAGCUUCUUUCCGGUCAAGGAUACCAGUAAGACGAACACGCCUAACACACCAACGGUGCUGCAGUCCUCAUAUGCAUGACUUCGAAAGCACAACCCAAAGAAACUUGCAGUUGAGAACCAAUAGUAGUUUUGCAUUCGAGAAGAAUUCAGUGGGCAGUAAGCAACAUUUUCAUAUUCACAGCAAUAAGAAAAAUUGUUCUUGUUGCGUUAACGAUCUCGAAUAUUCCUCCUAUUCUAGUAGUGAUGAAAGUUAUGAAUCUGAAGAUACUCAUGAGAAAACAGUAAAACAAAAUAUAAUACAUCCGAUAGAUGAUUUUAUGUACGUAUCAACAGAUGCUAUAUCUCUUGAUGGUUUGUUGGAUACUGUAAGCUGUGGAAGUAAUUUUUCUAAUCCGCCUUCUCCAGUUGAAUAUAAGAAUUCUAACGAAAAACCACAACAGCAGUUCACCCGUCAAACUCAUUCGAAUGCAACACAAUCCGUCAUGGCCUCAGAAGAAUUGAAGCAGAACUAUAACGAAAAGCAGAGACAGUUAAGUGACUGGUAUUAUAUAAAAUCUAAAAAUGUAUCUACGGAUGAUGUAACGAAUGCUCAUAAGCCACUUGAUAAAUCAAAUGGCAAUAAUUUGAGUUCCCCAAUUACAAGUAGAUGCGAGAAUAAUCGCAUUAGAAGUGCUGGUAUCAAAUAUAUGACGCCAGUAACGUCAACCAGCCAUGCACAGUCAUUACCCAGGUCAAGUAGUGGCAGUGCAACCCCAAGUUCCAGUAAAAAAUGGAAUAAUUUUGAUGCAUUGCACAGUUACGAAAACGUGCGAAUACCAAAAAUUGAUGAUGUGUACAAUAUACCGCGAGAUGCGAUUGACCGCAGAGCUGUUGGAAGCACUGCAGGUGUUAAUAUGCUUGCGAGUGAUAAAGGCGAUGCAAGGUGCAAUGUUAAUUCCUCGUUACCGCGUGAAUAUGUUAAUUUGAAAUCAAAGCUUAAAACUCCACCGUAUCAGUGUCCACCCGACUACAACAAUCCUCCAACAUAUGACAUAAUUGAGCAACAACAAACGCGCAACGUACUAAAGCAACAGCACAUGAACUCGCUCAACAUUGAACCAGAAACAGAUGCCUUAAGCAAGGUUAAUGUAAAAUUAUUAAAGCAACAAUACCAACAGCAGCAACAACACAAAACACCAACCACGACACAAAUUUUAAAUACACAGACUGAAUAUGCGAAUACACAACCAAGUAGUGGACGGCGCGGGGCGGAUUGCAGCAGUAAGUACAACAACAACAUCGUUGAAUUGCAAUUACGGCAUUGGGAAAAUAUAAGUAGUAAUGGUGUAAAUAACCAAAAUAGAAUGCUUGACAAUCUGACAUUGUUGUCCUGUCAUGAGCAGCAGCAACAAAGACAACAAUUACAGCAACAGCAACAGCAGCAGCAGCAGCAGGACCAACAGCAGCAGCAACAACUACACUCACGGUUUCGAAAUAAUCCUAACAAUUGCGGUGAUGGCGCAGUUGUGAACAAGUACAAUAGCAACGAUUAUAUAGAGCUAAAACAACAACCAAAUUGUAAUGAGUUAAAUGUAUAUCGCACACAGCAAAAUCAAGCUCCUCCAAACGCCCAACAUCAGACUCAUCCACUACGAAUCAAUAAUCAACGUUCCGAAAUAGAACAAAGCGCAGACAAUGCACAGGAACAGCCCACUGCAGCGCCACGUCGUUUUGCACUACCAUUAACUGCAACUCCACGUCCUGCACUCAGAUCAACACUUUUACAAAAACGGCCAGACGAGACGAGUUGCAGCAGUUUUGAGCAAUUAAAUCUCAUAGGACCGCCAGGGGAAAUUGCAUGCGAUAACAAUACCAUAGAGAAAUGUAAAGUGAAUGCACGGAUUGGCAGUCAGGCACGAAAUCCACAGACUAACCAAAAUACACAAAAAUAUGUCCUUGAUAAUCAGAAGCAUAUAGCUACCGAUGAUAAACAAGUGAAGGCUGAGGGUGAGCAUACAGGUUCUUCCGCGGAAAGUAAAGAAAUUGUUAUGGAUGCCUCAAAGCAACAUUACGGCAACAUAAAUCGUUUGCAAAUUAAUGAGAAUAAAAGGUCGGAUGGCACUUUAAAUGGAAUACAACAAAUGCAUGGUGAUCAGACACGGUCCCCGAUUUUACAUCGACCCAGCCUAGUACGUGGUGGUUCGAGCCAUGAAAUCGGAACGAAACAAUUUGAUGGCACAGUUCAAAAGCAAAAACAACAAAUUCAAAUGCAACUACAACAAAAUCCCCUGACAAAGCAAUUGUUUGGAGUAGUUCAAAAAGAGGUGUUCCAACCAAAAACUUCACUUCCCGUGUACAGAAGUGAAUGUGAGUUGUCAGGUUCUUAUGCUUCGCUCGAAUGUCCUUCACCACCGGGGCCACCAAUAUGUCUUCCGGAAACUCAAAGAGAUCCACAGGCACGGCUUAGUAAUUAUUUAAGAAAUCUUUAUCAAGAACUAAGUUUUAAAGAGCCUGUAAUUCCACCCUGGGCAAUACCUAUUCAACCGGGUGCCUUAUGCAGUGCACGUCUUGAACCAGAUUUGCGUCUCAGUUUAAAUUCGCAUGGUUUUAGUGAUUCUUUGACAGUUGACCAGAUUUUGGUGUCUUUACAGACAAAAGAAGGAACUUUUCUAGAGGCACCACGAAGAUGCUUAAUUGAAUGCCCUACUUGGGCAUCACGAAGUAAUCUUUGUUUAAGAAUUUUGUAUGCUUGGGCGAAGGAACCACCAUGGCCGCAAAAAGGUACGCCCGUAGCGCUAACCUUAUUUAUUCCACUCAAUGAAUUGAAACGUAGUUUUGCUCAUUACUUGGAAAAGGAGAUAUUGCCGAAAGGAUCUCUCAAUCCCUUUACGAGUGGAGUUGGUGGUUUUAGUGCAGCAUGGAACUCAUUGGAAUCGCUUGGGCCAAAAUUGUUGAUUAUUUUAGAUGGCUACGGCCAAAGCAAUCAGAAAUCUGGUAACGCUAGUGCUAAUAUUGUGGUAACUCCGAAGAAAAAUAAAAAUGGUAGUUUUACCGCUUGCGCAACUGCAAAACAUUAUCCUUCAGAUGUAUACGAUUUACUUGAUGGUAGAUUAUUUCCUGAAGCAAGAGUUAUUAUAACUACAUAUUCAUCUAGCUGCAUGGAAUUAAUGCCUAUUGUUCAGCGACAUAUUGUUUAUGAAGGUUUAACAUGGGGUAGAUCAGUUUCGAUUUUGGAAGGCGGGCAGUGGGGUGGUCCAUCCAGAAUGUUAGAUGCAAUUCAGGAAAGUCCUCAUUUACGUAAAGCAAUUAAAACACCGCUUGGCUGCUUGGCAGUGGCUUCAAUUUUUGAUGCACACGGUGGUGACUUGCCUAUUGAUGAAUUGGACGUAGUCGAAUCAAUUAUGAAUUGUGUGGUCCCCGGUGCUUCAUCUGCUGUGGUGUCUGAAUUAGGUAGAUUGGCUUUAUUUUGUAUAAAAAUGAAACGUACUUGUUUGACCAUGAAUGAGAUUAAAAUGUAUUGCUCAACUCCUGAUCAUAUAAUGGGUUGUUUAGAUAAAUGUGUUUUAUAUGGAAAAACAGCUAAAAAGAAAGCUGAGUAUGUAUUUAAUCCAAUAUGCACUGGAAUGAUGGAGUUUUUAGCAGCUAAUUAUAUUGCGUCAUUGGUAUCUCGCCCGGGUCUUUUGGCAGCCGAAAUUACAGGUAUGGCUAUUGGAGAUGAGUUAGAUCCAGAAUUAUUAAAAGUAUUAAAGUUUGCAAUGGCACUACUUGGCGAACGCGCACAUAUCCUCUUAUCAAGAUUGACACCAUUAUGGCUAUCACCACAAACUGUAUUUACUCUAGCUUUGGCUGGUGGAUAUAGUGAAGCGAAUAUAGCAGCUCUAUGUGAUAUUCUUGGCAUAUCGAAGCAUCCACCUAUAUCUCCAUUAGAAACGAAACCCUUGUGGGUACAAGUACGCUCUGUUCCCACAGAUUUAAUGGGUUGGGGUAUGGCGUUAAAAAGUUCUACGUGCACGCUCAAAAAUUUGGAAGUUAUAUAUCAAUUAGAAAAACAAAAUCUUACAGAAUCAAGAAAAGCUAUUGAUAUAUUUUUGGAUUCAAUAGCUUUAAAUGAAAGUGUUUCAACACUACGUUUAUCAUCUCUUAUAGAAAUGGAUGUGAAGGAUACUGAAAUCACAUUUUUGGGAAAUUGUGUGUCGAGGCUUUUACUUAAACCACGUUUGGAACACUUUGAGCUAGUUUUAACACUUAUCGAAGAGGAUCCACCAAUGUUAAAAUUGCAGCCAGUUGUUGCAGCUUUAUGUAGAACAAUUCCACGGCAACCGAAAUUAAAUUCAUUGCUAUUAGAUUUAGGUUUAAGCACAUCUCAACUAGUGCAAUUGUGUACCGGGCUUGAAAAGUGUGCUAAUAUAACGAGAAUUUCAUUGCCACAUUUACGUUGUGAACGCGGAGCCAUUUCGGCUUUAUCAGCUUUACUUAAUACUAAGCCUAUUAGCUUUCUUUCUUUACCAUCUUGUUGGGGAGCACGAGAUGAUCCGCCAUCAUCUAGUGGCGUUAGUAUGGGUUCAGGAAGUGGCAGUAGCACAGGUAACUCUUGUCUGAUUAAGCAAGGUUCUUUACCUGGGGUACCUUCACCGAAAUCAUAUGCUCCAGGUAUAUUCUCAUCAUUGCCACGGGGUGUAUUUGUACCACAAUCGUCAAUUGGACGUUCAGCGACCUUGCCACGACAACCUUUGGAGCAAUCUGUCGAAAAGCGUUCAUGUGAUUCCGUUGUUUCUAAAAUGUGGUAUCCAACACCUGCUUGCGAAGGAGGUCCACAUAAUUCAGGCACACUGCACGAUUUGUUCUUGGCUGUACGCGAAUCAAAUUCGAAAUUGCAUGGCUUAGAUUUAAGUAAGGCACAAUUGUCAUUAGAAGAUUCGAUGUGUCUCGGAGAAACUGUUCGUCUUUCGCAUACAAUGCAUACUCUGAAACUCGAGGGAUCAUCACGCAUAAGUGAAAUUUUACCAUCUGUACUAGGUGCUAGUGAAUCUCCAUGUUUGCAGAUGUUAAGUAUUGGCUCACAACGUUUGAGUUUAGAAGAUUCGGUAAUUGUAAUGUGUGCUAGAGCAUUAACUAGCUGCUCCACUUUACGUCUGUUAAGUCUAGAUGGUUGGUCAUUCCGUAUCGAACAUUUGCAAACACUUUCGAUUAUAAGAGCGUUUCUGUCGUUGACAUCAAUUCGAGAAUUGAGUCUGGCCAAUUGCCGUCUGCAAACGAAUUUAGUUAAAUUAGAUACAAAAGUAUCCCAUAUAUUUGAGUCAAGAUCAGUUGUUGUGCUGAAACUUGCUGGCGCUCAAAUAAUUUUACCAGAUCAAAAUGUUUUGCGUGGACCACAAUUACUGCAAUACAUCGGUGGCUUUCCUUGCCUACGAGAAUUAGAUUUAUCAGCACCAGCACGCUCUGGUGUAGACAGCACUCAUUCAUCUCCACUUAUUUUGGAUGAUAAAUGUAUCGUGCAAUUCUUUAAUAAUUUGCAUACACACUUUGGAUUGUUAAACACUUUAAAGAUUUGCAAUUGGAUCAUACAUUUUGAUGAUUUCUCAAGAACAAUUAAAGCUAUUGCAAAAUCUAUUCGAAACAGUCCGAUAAGCCAUUUAAAACUGGAUGGAAUUUCUGUGUUGGAUAGACCGAAAAAAACACGGAGUGAAUCAGCUUUAAUUAAUUGUUUCAUUUCAUCCUUGCCCCACCUGCGUUGGAUGGGAAUAAGUUUAUCCGGUAAAAAAGAGGAUCAAAUAACUGCCAUUGGAAAUGCUGUAUUGGAUUUAAAAGGAACUGAAAUUGAAAUAAAACUCAGUGAGUCAACAAUAGAGCAAGCCAAACUCAUGGCUCAGGCGAUAAGCGUUGAUGGAAAGUUCGAUAUAAAAGUUUCGACUUUUGGCACUUCAAGUGGUAUUUUGAUACAUGCCGAAAAGUCGGGCAUGAAGAGUCUUUCACGUAAAACAAAAGAAAAAAAUCAGUAUUUCUAAAUUAAAACUACUCUCAACGAAAUUUACUUUA